UUUAGAGUGGUAGUGGAGCGCGGGAGUCCAGCGGGUCGGAGACCCCCGGCGUCCUCAGCAGCGACCAUGGACUCUCUGGCCGAUCCUCGGUGGCCUCCAGGCCUGGCAGUCAUGAAGAAAAUAGAUGAUUUGCUGCGGUGUGGAAUCUGCUUUGAAUAUUUCAACAUUGCAAUGAUCAUUCCUCAGUGUUCACAUAACUACUGCUCUCUCUGUAUCAGGAAAUUCCUGUCCUAUAAAACCCAGUGUCCAACUUGUUGUGUGACAGUCACAGAGCCGGACCUGAAAAACAACCGUGUAUUAGAUGAACUGGUAAAAAGCUUGAAUUUUGCACGGAAUCAUCUGUGGCAGUUUGCGUUAGAGUCACCACCCGUAUCGCCUUCUUCCUCUUCGAAGAACCUCACUGUCAAGGUGCAUACCCCGGCGGCCUUCAGACAGCCCUUAAGCCAGGGGAGCAGACUGAUGGACAGUUUCCUGAUUAGAGAAGCCGGUGGCUCCACCUCAGAGCUGUCGAUAAAAGAAAAGGAAAGCAAAUCGAGCUCUCAAAAAGAGGCCAGCACUUCUGUAGAGACGGCAGAGCCGUGUUCUGUACCAAGGAUGGCUCCAGGCCCCUCCGGUGCUCACGAUCCCGAGACACCGUCUACGUCCACACUGAAGAAGGUUACUAGAGUGGAUUGUCCUGUGUGUGGGGUUAACAUUCCCGAAAAUCACAUUAAUCAGCACUUAGACAGCUGUCUGACACGUGACGAGAAGAAGGAGAGCCUCAGAAGUUCUGUUCACAAAAGGAAGCCGCUGCCCAAAACCGUAUAUAACUUGCUCUCCGAUCGCGAUCUAAAGAAAAAGCUUAAAGAGCACGGAUUGUCUAUUCAAGGAAAUAAACACCAACUCAUUAAAAGGCACCAAGAGUUCGUACACAUGUACAACGCCCAGUGUGACGCUUUGCACCCCAAAUCAGCUGCUGAAAUAGUUGAAGAAAUUGAAAAUAUGGAGAAGACUAGGAUGCGUCUCGAAGCCAGUAAACUCAAUGAAAGCGUAAUGGUUUUUACAAAGGACCAAACAGAAGAGGAAAUAGAUGAAAUUCACAGUAAAUAUCGUAAAAAACAUCAGAACGAAUUUCAGCUUCUGGUGGAUCAGGCCAAAAGAGGAUACAAGAAAACAGCUGGAACGUUAAAGCAAGAAGUAACCCAAACCGGUGAAGCUACAGAAAAUCUGUCAUCUGUAUGCAUGGGACAUGAAGACAACAAAAUGAAGUUUUCAAAUACAAACUUAGUAACAAACCACUCCCUUCAGUCAAAGCUGGACUCCCCAGAGCAGCUGGAGCCCGACCAGAGAGACGAUUCUUCUAGUUCUACCGACAUUCAAGAAGCUCUUUCUUCCUCAGAAUCAGAUUCCAUGAACAGUUCCAGCUCAGACAUCAUACGAGACCUUCUAGAAGAAGAGGAAGCCUGGGAAGCAGCUCAUAAAAACCAGCCCGAAGGCGCGGACGUCAGUCCAAGGCAGAAUCGCCGCUCCAGAGACUCUGAAAGUGCCGAGCCCGAGCCGAGAAACAAGCGCAACCGGAAUUAGCGUGGGCGCCUGACCUCUCCUGGCAGCGCUCACGGCAGUUCGCUACUUUUUUUCUGUCUUUCCAGGAGCAAUGUUACGUCUUGGCUUGAUCACUUGCCUCCUGCCAGCUUCUCUCCCUAAAAUGCAUUCAUCCACGUGUCCCCCAGCUCUGCAGAGGCAGCAAGCACUUUGCCAGGAGGUUUGGUUUGGUUUCUAGGUUUUGGAAUGUCCUGCAGCCAUUAUCCUUCUCUUCCCUGGGAAAUCGCCUUCAGAAAAGCAUCCGUUUUUUUAACCUCUUUACCAUAAAACACUGUUGAGGACUCACCUGUCACAGCGGGGCAUGAAGGAGGGAGCUGGAG